AUUCAUACUUUGAUGGCAAUCAUCUCUCCGGAUAGUAUAAAAAGAUGACCAAAUGUACAUUCGAACAAGGUAAAUGGUAAACUCCUACUGCCAACAUGGCGCCAAAGGGUAAAGCGGGUAGCUCUACCUCUCGAAACACACAAAAAGGUAAAUCCACUUCAAAGCCCAAAAUUGGCCUGGCACUGGUCACAGAAUCACCUGCUAGGCCAUUGACAAGCUUUACUGGGUUUGAAAAAUCGCCACAAAGCAAGUUAGAUUUCAAAGCAUCUAAUGAUAAUGCUGAAGCUUCAGGAAGUAUAGGAAGGGAUGCCAUCAAAGAUGCCUCGUCCAGGCAGAAAGAGUCCAGACCGAAGCGGGAUCAGUCAAUACAGGAUGAUCAAAUGUGGAUCGAUCGAUAUACCCCUAGAAGCAAAGCUGAGUUGGCUGUGCACAAGAAAAAGAUUGAGCAGGUAGAAGGUUGGCUGCGAGAGGCCUUAGAUGGAUCUCAAAAGAUUCGCAAGUAUAGAAGGCUUCUCGUGCUAAGUGGUCCUGCUGGUAGUGGAAAGUCUGCAUUGGUCAGAACAUUAUCUACAAGUGAAGAAAUGAAUUAUGAAAUCCUCGAAUGGAGAAGCGAUGGCCGACAGAAUCUUCAAGGGCUUUCCAGUUGGGACAACGGGCGGGCUUAUGCAGGUCUCGAAUCCCCAGGCGAUGCUGGUCCAUCACAGGAAAAUCGCUUUUCGGCAUUUCUCUCUCAAUCUUCUCGCUUCAGUACCCUCACGAUUGGACAAGAAGAUUCUCAAGAUGACAUGCAUUCUACUUCCACUCCAUCAAAAAGAAUCGAUCGUCGGAUCAUAUUGAUUGAUGAUCUGCCCAAUCUUCAGUAUGAGCCUGCACGUCUCGAAUUUCAAGCCGCUCUGGAGAAAUAUAUAUGCUCGCCUCAUAGAGAGGAUUCCGCUCCAGUCAUUCUGAUUCUGAGCGAUACUGUGCCGCGACUUGACGAUUGGGCAACGUCCAGUACCAUGCAAGGAUGGAAGGAGCGCAAUGAUGAAUCAUUGAAUGUAAGGAAUGUCAUCUCGGACCCUGUACGGACAAGCCCUGCAUUUAUGCACAUCUCUUUCAAUAGUGUAGCAAUCACAUUUCUCCGAAAAGCUCUUCUUGCUAUCAUCAGUACAGAAAAGCAAAGAUCUUUGCCUGGAGCUCCUGCCCCAACUUCGGUUGCAGCAAAGGAGCUGGUAGAUGUGGUUGCCUCAAUGUCGAAUGGAGAUAUCAGGAAUGCAAUCAAUUCGCUACAGAUAGCCUUGACGUCAUCGUCCUCAGGCCCAACGGCGAAGGGGUCGAAACGAACGGCAGACGGGAAACCGAAGGAUGGUAAAAGUAUCGCUCGAAAGCAGGCCAAGAUGAUUAGCUUAGCCACAGGAAGGGAGGCAUCUUUGGCAAUCUUCCAUGCAUUAGGAAAGAUCUUGUACAACAAACGUAUCGGGGAUCCACAAGAUGAAGCCAGGGAAGAAAGUGAUUCUGAUGAAGAAGAUGAACGUGACGGGACGGAAAGUGCAUGGCUCAAGUCGGCCAUGAAUACUUUCCUCGGAGGUCCCAUUGAGCAGUCUGCGCUACCAUUGCCAGCCCAUCUGAAACAACUUGAAAGAAGGCAAAGCAGAGUGGACGUCGAAAAGCUUUGGCGUACGAUGCCGAUGGAUGCAAAAACCUUGCAAAUCUUUCUGCAUCAAAAUUAUACGCCUUUUUGCGGUUAUAUCGAACAGUGUACCGCAUUUGUGGAUAAUCUGUCUUACUCUGACGUUCUCAAACCACAACAUGAGGAAUGGUUCCAUUCCAGUCUUUCGCAGUAUUACAGCUUUUUGGUUGCUACGCAUGGUUCUCUGAUGUCGCUGCCUUCUCCGAUACAACGUAACAGUCAACAAAGAUUCAGAGGUGUUGCCUUUUUUGAAACGAAUCGCAAACUCCGGAAGACGCAAGAAACUUUACAUGACAUCAAAGCGGCACUUCACGAAGAGAUGAUAUCUGAGGCACAGAACAACGUAUCUCCUACCUUGGCCGAAGUUGGCUUUGAUCAAUUGGCAUACGAGGUAUUGCCAUUAGUGGCGAAGUUUAGAGAAUUACCGGAAGAGUUGAGCGAUUCAAUACGCUUCAACAACCUCGAAAUCGGUCGACCUUUUUCGAUGAACACUAGUUCAGCAAGUACGACAGCAUACCAAGGAGGCAUGGACAUAGAUGAAGAUGAGGUGGAUACUGCAUUGGCUGAUGAAGAGGACGUUUUCCCGACUGGAAAUCCUCUUUACGAUGAGCAAGGCCGUAGAAGACAAGUCGAAUUGCUACCUGAAUCAACACCAACUGUGGCGAGCAGCAAUUCAAGGAAGCUACCGAGCUUGAUACCUUCGCGACGCAGUGGCAUAGCUGCCAAGAUGGAGGACAUACGAGACUCCGACGAAGACGAGAUUCAAGACUUUGAAUGAGACAUUAAAAUAACCUAAUCCACUGUAAAAUAAUAAUAAACACAA